CUAUAAAACGUUCGGCGCCGCUAGCGCCCGCGGUUCACUCGCCCACCUCGCUUCCCCCGGCUCUCCCACUCCUCCUCCUCCUCCUCCUCCUCCUCCCAGGCCGUAGAAAAAGAACACGCGGAACGCGCGUGCUCGCCGCGCGGCAGGCAGACACGCACCGAUGGGCAACUGCCAGUGCCAGGCGGCGGAGGUGGCGACGGUGCUGAUCCAGCACCCGGGCGGCGGCCGCACGGAGCGCGCCUACUGGGCGCUCUCGGCCUCGGCCGUCAUGGCGGCCAACCCGGGCCACUACGUCGCGGCCGUCAUCACCACCACCGCGCCGGGAGGAGACGGAGCAGCCUCUUCCGCCGCCGCGACCGUGAAGCACCUCAAGCUGCUCCGCCCCGACGACACGCUCCUGCUCGGCCGCGUCUACCGCCUCGUCAGCUUCGAAGAGGUGCUGAGGGAGUUCGCGUCGAAGCGGCAGGUGAAGCUGAGCCGCGUCACGGUCAGGGCCAAGGACGAAGCCGAGGACGUGAAGAAGCCGGCGUCCAAGCAUCGCCGCCGUCGCGCCAGGGCCAGCUCCGGCGGCGGAGAGCGCAAGGAAUCAUCCGAGCGGUCGCUCGCCAAGGUCAUGCGCCAGACGGAGGAGGAGCUGGAGCCGGAGGCGGAGGCGGAGGCGGAGGCAGGCCCGUCCUCGGGGCCCAGCGGCAAGCAUGCCGACACGCCGUCCGACGCCGACGCCGACCUCGACGCCGACCUGGAGGCCCUCCUGCAGCCGCACGGGGCGUUGCUCGGCCGCCGAGCCGCCCGGCAAUGGAGGCCCGCGCUGCAGAGCAUCGCCGAAGGCUGAGGAGCGGCAUCAGCUCGAGCGUUCGGUGUGUGUCGCGGUCGGUGAGCAGCCGAGCUCCGUCUCCGUGCAAAGUCAAUUGCAACUUGCGAGGCUGACAGCGUAUUGUAAAAUAAGCAAGUUCAUUGUUAGCGCCUCGCCCGGUGUGGAUGGAUACGACCAGCUCCAGAUGUGUAGUACUAGUAGUAGUUGGCUAGCAGCAGUAGACCAGUAGCAGUAUUUAUGGAUUUGAUGGUGUGUUUUUAAAGGUGGCAGACGAUUAGUAGUAGUAGUAUACGGUAUCGUAUAAAAUCUUUAGUCUAUUUCUUUGUGAGCUGAAUCAUCAUCAUGGACAGCGGCCGAACGACGUUUACAGUUCGAUUCGACGUAGUUUUCGAA